AUGGACCGCGCCAUAGCCGUCUUGGUCUCACAUGUGUGCGUUUGUGCGGCAUGUGGCGACAUAAAAAAAUUCGUACGUUCAUAUUGCAAGGUGCGUCUGGAAGCAGUGGAGCUUUCGCAAAAGCGGCUGAAGACUUUGUCCGACCGUAACCGUUUCUACCGCGCCGUCGCCGACACGUCUGCACGAGCGGCAGCAGCAGCAGCAGUGGCAGAAGGUUUCGCUGCGACGGGUUUAACAUGGGCGAGCUCACGAAGCGAUGAUGCAGGAGACUCCCGCAAGCCCAGCUUGGACGGCGACCCUCGGAUUCAGCCCAUCACCCGCGGGAGCACGGGGGGCAGCGGGACCGGCACCGGCACUUUGUCGCUGUUGGCGGCUGCAGCCAACGUACUCUUAAACCGUCGCCACGGCGGCGCUGCUGCUACUGCUGCCGCCGCCGCCGCCAAGACUUUCCCAACAUCAUCAUCAUCAUCCCCGGGCGCCACUUCUGGGGUCGUGUCCGCGGCCGCCACCACCAAUUUGAGCGCCAGCAGCAGCCGGAACAACUCCUCCACUUUGAAUGCCCCCUGGACGGAUCGAGCCCCCGACAGCCGUCGCAGCCUCAACGGCCAGCAACACCACCAUCACCACCGCUUCCAGCAGCCGCAGCAUCAGCUGGGAGGGGCUAGCGACGGCAGCGGGGGCUCCGGCCCGCUGCAGCGCAACAGCAGUGACAGCCGGCUGGUGACGGGCCAUGUGCUGGGCAGCGUGCCACCCGACACCAUCAUCAGCACCCGUCAGGUCCUUGCGGCGUUCAAUUACGACUACUCGGCGCUUCAUCGCCGGGAGAGCAGCUACCUAGACAGUGAUCGGGAAACUGGUGGUGGCGAUAAUGAGCAGUGUUGUAGCGAUAGUUGCAGGCUCGGGGGUGCCGUUGCCGAAACACAAUGUAUUGGCCGUUGCUUCGGAUGUAUGUAG